GCUUUCACUGUCCGCUGCACAACACUCCCUCACAUCAUGUGCUCAACCAUCACAGGAGGAAGUGUGGCUCGCUCCGCUCUGCUUUCCUCUUCUGCCCACCCGUCUGCUCUCUCUUUCCCUCCCUCCACCGAGCGGAGCGCGGCAGACCUUCUCGACGUCCUCCUCCAGGGCCGGCAGGUGAUCCAUGGAGGCAUCCGCACAGGAGAGGAAUGAUUCUCUGCCACCUCCGCCCACCCUCAGCCCGGCCGUGCCACCUUACGUCAUGCUGGGUCUGACGGUGGCGUACACCGGCUUCUACUCGCUGCUCUUUGCUUUCGUGUACGCUCAGCUCUGGCUGGUGCUGAGAUACGGACACAAGCGCUUCAGUUAUCAGACGGCGUUUCUGUUCUUGUGUCUGCUGUGGGCAGCGCUGCGCGUCCUCCUCUUCUCCUUUUAUUUCAGAGACUGUGUGACAGCCAACACGCUGGGGCCCGUCUCCUUCUGGCUGCUCUACUGCUUCCCGGUGUGUCUUCAGUUCUUCACGCUGAGUCUCAUGAAUCUUUACUUCGCACAGGUGAUUUUUAAAGCCAAGUCGAAAUAUUCACCAGAACUUCAAAAGUACAGGUGUCCUCUGUACGUGCUCUCACUGUCCAUCAGUCUGAUCUUCUUACUGGUGAACUUGACGUGUGCUCUGCUGGUGAAGAUGACAAAGACAGACCGAGAGAUCAUCGUUCUGGUGCGUGUGGCCAUCAAUGACACGCUCUUCGUCCUCUGUGCCGUCACACUGGCGCUGUCUCUCUACAAGAUCGCCAAAAUGUCUCUGGCAAACAUCUACCUGGAGUCCAAGGGAACGUCUGUGUGUCAGGUGACUAUGAUCGGAGCGACUGUGAUUCUGCUGUACGCGUCUCGCGCGUGUUAUAAUCUAGUGGUGCUCGCGCUGGCCAACGUUCAAAGCAUCAGCUCGUUUGACUAUGACUGGUACAACGUGUCCGAUCAGGCCGAUCUGAGGUUGACGUUGGGCGACACUGGAUAUGUGGUGUUUGGGGUGGUCCUGUUUGUCUGGGAGCUGUUGCCCACCUCUCUGGUGGUCUUCUUUUUCAGAGUUCGUAAGCCGGCUCAGGACAGGAAUGGAUCCGUAAUCCCUGGACGCAUGUUCUCAUCCAGAGCGUAUUUCUUUGACAACCCGCGGCGUUACGACAGUGAUGAUGAUCUGGCGUGGAGUAUAAUACCACAGAACAUGCAAAACAGUUUUAUGUCUGAUGGUUAUGAGUGGGGCAGUCAAAGCAGCAGGUUCCCUGCGGACACCGAGAGCGCGUCUCAUCUAGAAGCAGAGGAUUUACAUCCAUCCUGAAACAUUCCCAAUGAGAAAUCUGCUUGUUUUGCACAUGCCCACACUGUGAUGGGUAACUGUAUGUACUACUAUGAACGUCAACAACAAUCUUUCUGAAGAUAUCUCAAGAGCACACAACAGUAGAGGUCUGGACCUAAGAAUACAUUUUUUGGAAUGACUUAAUUCUUGGUGUAGGAUUUUAAAACCCAUAGUUUUAUGAGGUCACAUAGACGUCAACGGGAUACUACACCCAAAAAUGAAAAGUAAUUCAUCAUUUAUUCAUUGUCAUGUUAUUUCAAAUGUUUGUAAGUUUCUUUCUUCUUCAGAACACAAAAGAAGAUAUUUUGAAGAAUGUUGAUAAUCACCGAACUCCAUUGACUUCCAUUUUAAUGAACACAAAACCACUGAGACAUUUCUCAAAAUAUCUUCUGUUGUGUUUCACUGAAGAAAGACAUGCGAUAACUUCUGUAUCUGUACCGCUCUUCACAGACCUACAAAGCUAAUCUGAAUCAUUCUGAACGAACACUUUGGAUAAAAACAAAAGAGAGAAACAUUAUAAAAGUGCUGGAAAUCACACAGAUUACCCAUAAAGAAUCCCAAAAGUGUACUGGAUGUCUUAACAUACAGUAUAUGAAUAAGAAUAUGAAUUAUUGUCAGAUAGUAAUACCAACAUGCCACUCUGUGAAACUUUGGUUUUAUUCCGUUUUAGCACCCUAACGAAAAUAACAAAAUGUUUAUUUGGUCAAAACUGUGAACACGUGACAUUCACACGUCUGUAUCUUUGAGAGGUUGAGUUUCCCCAGACUGCUGCAUUAUAAUGCAUUAACACAAAUACGUUUUUAAGACAAUAUAAUGGAUUGGUGUCCAUUGUUUUGAUAAAUACAUUUGUAUUGUUUGUUUGUACAGCUUGUAUCUCUUUUAAGCCUUUGCACUUGUGUGGUAAACGUCACUUUGUUUCUACAUUAAUAAAAAAAUCUCUUGCAAUCACAACAUAUUUAUUGAGAUGAAUUGAACUUGUCGAAGUGAUUCAAUGAAACCUUUGGUCAAGUGACUCAGGCUGCAGACAUGAAUAGACUUAUCAUAUUUCCUUCUUUAUUUUCUUUAGGAAUAAUCAUGAUAAAAUAAAUAAGAUUUUCAUGAGCAAUUCUAUGAGAAAUUUUCAGUAAGAUUUUAUAGUUGUUAUUGGUAAACUGUACCGAGUGUUAUUGUGAUUUUAUAAGAAUGUGGUGAGUGUCGAAUAAAGAA